AUGGGCCAGGCUGGCGCUGCGUCCCCCUGGGUAGCCACGAGCACCUCUCGUGGUGCCCACUGCACUGAAACAGCCACCCAUGGGUUGCUCUCCAGGUCAACCAAGAGUGCCUCCAAGGCUCGUCGGGACCAGAUCAACGUGGAGCUGCAGGCGCUGCGUUCCUUGCUGCCCAUCUCCGCCCGGGAGAAGGAGCGGCUCUCCUACCUCCACACCAUGGCCCUGGUGUGCCUCCGGCUGCGGGGGGCUCAGCUCUUCCCUCCAGACUCAGCUCCUCCAGUGGGACCCGGCCUUGGCGCAGAGCUGCUCUCCCUGCUGCCAGGGUUUCUGCUUGUGCUCUCGGCCAACGGCAAGCUGGUCUACAUCUCGGAGAACGUGGCUCAGGUCCUGGGCCUCUCCAUGGUGGAGCUGCUGGCCCAGGGGGACACGGUCUUCGACAUCCUAGAUGGGCGAGCGCACGAGGAGGUGCGCAAGAAGCUCCUCCUUGCCCAGGAGGAGCCCGGCAGGGAAGUCACGUUUGUGGGCGAGAUGCGGACGUCCAAGGCCUUGAGGCUGCAGCACGGGGGGAAUCAGGCCGUGGCAGUGCGUGGGCGCUUCACAGCCCUGCGCUGGCCGGCCUCCCCCUCCGCCACAGCCUUCCUGGCCCUCUGCACCCCCGUCGCACGGUUGCCUGCGGACGGUGACGCUGGUUCCCAGGACCACCUCUUCCAGAGCACCCACAUGCUAGACAUGACGUUUACCGACGUCACGGAGAGUGUCACCUACCACCUCGGCUACCGCAGGGAGGAACUGAUCGGUCAGUCAUGGUACAACCUCCUGCACCCCGAGGAUGCUGACCUAGCGGCCGCCCAACACAGGGCCGUGGCAUUUGGGGCUGGGGCCGCAGCAGAGACAGCAGUGCUGCGCCUGCUGCGCAGGGACCGGACCUGGGCCUGGCUCGGUGUGUUGGCGCAGCGGGACUGCAGGGACCACUCCAUCACCUGCACCAGCCGCUGCCUCAGGGAGGAGGAGGCGGCCUACCUACGUGCCCGACACCACCACAACAACCACCACCACCUCGCACUCUGCACCACCGCCCCGCCACUGCCGCCCGCACCUCCCGCCGCGGCCCCGCCGGCGGCCGGACUAGAGCUCAGCCUGCUGGCCGCCCAGCUCCGCGCCCUGGCCGACAGCCUCUCGCCGCCCCCCGCUGCCGCCGCUCCGGCCUGGCCCGGGCAGGAGGCCGCCAUCUUCCCGCACGACGCCUCCUUGGCCUGUCUCCUAGGCAACGCGGCGGAAGGGGCGGGGCUUCUAGCCGCGCAUGCGCCCUGCGCCUACUACCCGCACCAAUAAAACGUUGGCUUUCUUCCCUUGUCAGCCUAUCGGCUUCCGUUCUGUCUGCGCGUGCGCCGCCCCGCCCCGCCCCUUCCGGUCGCGUUGCUUUCCCU